CUCCUCUGCUCCACUUGCUGUAAUCAUCUCUAUGAAAUCAACUUCUCUAUCAUAUCUACUCUAGACACACCACAAUGUCCGCCAGCGAGCCCCAAAGAAUAACCCUAAUUGGCCUCGGCACAAUUGGCAUGUCCAUGGCCGCCCUCCAUUUGGCCCGGGACAACACAAUAGUAGACGUUUUCGACACCAGACCAGAUAUCCAAGAGUACCUCCUCAAAACGCUCCCGAACUUCCUCCACGACACCAGCCAUGACUCCAACUCAACCCACCCCCAAUCCUCAGCGAUUACCACCCUCCUCACCACCGGCCGUCUCCACAUCCACUUAACCCUCGCAUCAGCCUGCGCUUCUGCAACAAUAAUCCAAGAACAAGGCCCCGAGAACCUCGCCUUCAAGCGCUCAAUCUGGGCGCAGGUCGAGUCCCUCGCGCCGACGUCCGCGCACUUCUGGACGAGUACAUCCGGCAUUGCGGCCUCGGCGCAACAGGAGGACAUGCUCGAUAAAACCCGGUUACUAGUCGUUCAUCCUUUCAAUCCGCCGCACAUCAUGCCACUCCUUGAGAUUGUGCCGAGUUCCACGACGGCGCCCUCCCGCGUCGAGUUCGCGCGCGAGUACUUCUCUCUCCCGCCAGGUGAGUCGCGGCACCGCCCCGUCGUCAUCCAGAAGGAGAUUCCGGGCUUUGUUGGGAAUAGACUUGCUUUUGCUCUGCUGCGCGAAGCGUGUUAUCUUGUUCAGGAGGAUGUCGUGUCGGUGAAGGACCUUGAUACUGUUCUUAUGGCGAGUUUGGGGCCGCGGUGGGCGGGGAACGGGGUGUUUGAGAGUUAUCAGCAGGGGGGUGGGGAGGGUGGUAUAAAGGCGUUUUUAGAGAAGUUGGGAGGCACUAUGCAGGAGGUUUGGGGUGGGCUGGGGGAUGUUAAUGUGUUGGGGAGCGAGAGGACGGAGUGGAAGGAGAAGGUUAUUCGGCAGACGGAUGAGGCGUAUGGGACGUUGACGAAGGAGGGGGUUUGGGAGAAGGAGGAGCGGUUGAAAGAUUUUAUCAGAGCUCAGGAGAGGAGGUAUGGGCAAUGA